AUGUGUGGGCUUUCGGGGCGCGUAAUUGGUCGUUGUGGCGGCGAUGUUGCGUGCGUAUGGUCAUGUCCCAUCGUGGGGAGAGGGGAGAAGACCGGGGAGGGACAUCAUGUCGAGUCCGUCGAGCGCGUCUCUCUCACCUCCCUCUGCGCCCGCACCCUGCCUGUUUUAUUUGAUCUCUGCAAGGUGUUGCUGAGACCACGCCUCGACGGCGAUUGGUGCGAGAGCCCCAUCCGUGUAGAGGGGGCAACGAACAGAAGACCGCCAGUCGAUCAGCCGCACAUGGGGGCGCGCGCAGCAAGGACGGCGGGGUGGGGACUGGGCAAAGCCGAGUCGACGAGGCGGUUCACUUAA